AUGUAUAAAUAUUUUAAGAAAAUAGAAUAUCUAUUUAGACCAAUGAAUAAAUAACAUCCUCCCUGGGGUUCUUAGAUCGGUGUAGCACAUGGUGGUGUCAUUGGGUAUUCGAAUUGUGAACCCAAUUAUGAUAUAACGAAAGUUCACCUCUAUGAAGUUCAUUAUAAGAAAGAAGAAUCUGGAUUGAGGUGUGAUAUUUUUAUGGGCUACAAAUAUCAAUGUGUUGAAUUUGCUAGAAGAUUUUUUGUGUUGAAUUAUAAAACCAUGUUUACAGAUAUUUAAAAAGCACCUGACAUUUGGGACUUGGAAACUGUUGAAGAUUUGACAAAAGAAGCAGGCACAUUUCCAUUGGUAGGAUUCAAACAAGGUGGACCUGAACCACCAAAAUUUGGUGAUUUGCUAUUAGCACCAUAAAGUGAACAUCAACCUUGGGGUCAUGUUGCUGUAGUUGUUGGAGUGGGAGAUGGAUACAUUGAUUUGGCUGAACAAAAUUAUGAGGAUGCAGGUUGGAUUGCAGAAUCGUAUUCCAGGAGAGUCAAGGUGGAAUGCAAAGAUGGCAACUACUUUGUUACCUAUAUUAGAGUCGGUUUUGAAGAUCAAUUUAACUAAUCCUGGGACAAGGAUGAGGUAAUUAUUGGUUGGAAAAGAAUAAUAUUUAAUUGAGUGGAUUAUCAUACGUAUUAUUUAAUAUUAAUAUCUAAUA